AUGACGACCGCGUCACUGUUCGACAUGAACCAAGGCCGUCGCGACCUAGCCGCGCUGCCGACGGACUGGCAAAACAACAUUAGAGAAGCUUGGGAGGUGGUAGACCAACAAGGCCUGGGCUCCCUCAACGCGCGCGAAUGGCCGUUUGCACUACGCGCCAUCGGCUUCGACCUCGCCCGCACAGAAACGUACGCCCUACUGCUCGCUCACGGCGUGCCGCCCCACGACCACGACCCGGCGCGGGGCCCCUGCAGCCCGUCGCGUCUGCGCAUGCCGCAGGAGCACUUCUCCGCCAUCGCCGCGUGGAUGCUGAUGCGCCGCGACCCGCAGGAGGAGGCCGAGGAUGCGUGGAAGAUGUUCGACCCGCGCGGCACGGGGCGCAUCACGUUGGAGAGCCUGCGCGCGGUGUGUUCCGAGGUGAACAGCACGCUGAGCGAGUCGGACAUGCGGAGGAUGAUUGAGAUGGCAGACAUCUCGGGCAAGGGGUGGGUGAGCAAGGACGAGUUCAUCGAAGUCGCAAAGGGUGGGUUCAGUCGGGGCUAG